AAAAAACAAAACCACACAAUUUUCUCUUUCUCUUUCUCUCUCUGCUUUCCCCUUUCUUCCCCACUCGCUUUCUCCAUUGGAGCUGCUCUCGUUAAUUAGCAGGUUGCAGCGGUUAAUUGCCUUUUCGAAUCACCUUAUUGAGCUCGGGGACAGCGUCGGUGGAGAUUUCGAUACCUUCAUGCACGAUCAGAUGGAGAUCGGAGGUUCUGAGCUGUUGUGACGCCAUGGCUAUCUCCGAAGGUUAAGGCAACGUGCGGUUCGUUUUGGUGAGGUUUCUGGAUAAGGAGUUACCUACUGCUUGUUUUACUGUACUUCCUUGUUUCGGAUUCGGAGAUGCGUUUCUCUUUCCUUGCUCUAUUUCGCUAUCUAUGGUUCCACUUCUAAUCCUGCUUCUCUGACUACCGGCUUAGUUGAAUUAAAUCCAAAGCUUGUUUACUUUUAUUAGUACUAGUGUUACUUUAUCAAAUCCUGUACAAUAACACCACCACCACCACGGCCAAGUUGUUUGGCACUAUUACUGGAAGUGAUGGACGAAAGCACCAUCUUUAUAUGAAACCGAUCUUGGUUUCGUGUUAAGAUGGACCCUUAUUCAUCCGGAGAAGAUGUUAUCGUUAAGACAAGGAAACCUUACACAAUUACUAAGCAGCGCGAGCGAUGGACUGAAGAGGAGCAUAAUAGGUUUCUAGAAGCUCUCAAGCUCUAUGGGCGUGCUUGGCAGCGAAUAGAAGAACAUAUAGGAACCAAGACUGCUGUGCAGAUAAGAAGUCAUGCACAGAAGUUUUUUACAAAGUUGGAAAAGGAGGCCAUUGUUAAAGGAGUUCCAAUUGGGAAAUCUCUUGACAUCAAAAUCCCUCCACCACGGCCUAAAAGAAAACCGAACAAUCCUUAUCCUCGGAAGACAAGCGCGGGAACUUCUGCUUCCCAAGUGGGGGUGAAUGAUGGGAAAAUAUCAAACCCAGUUUCUUCCUCAUGUCAGAGUAAAGUAACCAUGGAACUUGAGAAACCUUCCGACGAUGAGAAAAUUGGAAACAGUAAAGAAUACUAUGACAAGGAUGAUUGCUUUGAGGCUUUCACUCUCAAGACAGCUCCCUGUGAAUUUCCAUCUUCAGCAAACAAAAUCGCAUCUGUAUCUGAUGCUCCUAAGAACUCAUGUACUUUUAGGCAAUAUAUCCCACUUUCGGGAGAAGCAGUGGAUCAGGAUGAAACAGCUGCAUCCCAGGUCACUACUGAAGCCAAAGGAUUUCAGAUUGAGAAGUCUGUUAAUGACCAGCCUCUUCAGGAUAAGCUCGUGUUCAAGAUUUCAAAUGAUGAGCUGAAGCAGUCUGAAAAUGAUGAUACAGUAGGAACUGCCGAUGCCCCUGCCACACAAAAUUAUCCUCGCCAUGUCCCUGUGCACAUUUUGGAUGGGAGCUUAGGAAUGAGGGCAUUCGAUAUCUCCCAGGAUACAUCGUAUGCAGAUUCUGCAUUUUGUCAAAUGGGUGGCGUCCUUGCUCCUCAAAAUCAUUUCACGAAUCCAGCUGCUUCUGGUAUUUCUGAGCAUUAUGAUAGUGCAUCAAAAUCUUCGGUUCACCAGUCAUUCCCCAGUUAUCAUCCAGUCUUCGCUCCUAUCCAAAGUCAAGAUGAUUACCAGUCGUUUCUGCAUUUAUCAACCACAUUUUCCAGUCUUAUUGUAUCUGCUCUAUCGCAAAAUCCUUUAGUCUAUGCUGCAGCUACCUUUGCAGCAACUUCGUGGCCUUCUCUGAAUCCGGAAGCUUCAGUUAAACAAUCUACAGCCUCAGCUGCGGCGUUUCAAACAAGGCCUGUAACUACGACUCCUAGUUUGGCUGCACUUGCUGCAGCUACCACAGCAGCGGCAACUGCAUGGUGGGCAGCUCAUGGCCUACUUCCUUUAUGUGCUCCGUAUCAUCCUGGCUUUACGUCUUCUCCUGCAUCAGCAUCGGCAGCUCCAAUGGCUUGCAGCCAAGAUCAAGCUGUAAACAGUGAAAAAAGAGAGAGCAGUCCUGAUCCUGCCUUAGGUGGUCAACAACUUGAACCAGAAUGCUCCGAGGCUCUUCACAAAAAGCAAUCAGUUUCAAAGUUGCCAACAUUAUCAUCAUCAGAUUCUGAAGAAAAUGAAGGCGUGAAACUGAAUGUUGGAUUAGCCGCUCCUGGGACAGAAAAGGCCGAGGCUACCGGUGAGCUGCAAGAUGUAGACAAGUCCAAGAGCAAAAAGCCAGCGGACCGUUCUUCAUGUGGAUCGAACACUCCCUCCAGCAGUGAAGUAGAAGCUGAUCCUACAGAAAAGCAUGCAGAAGGAGAAGAGGAAAAACAGACAGAGGAACAAGAGAAGCAGGAUGACAUAGAUGCUGCAAUGAAUCCUUUUGGUGAUCCAUUUAAUCGACGUUGUAGAAGCACAAUUAAUGUCAGUGACUCCUGGAAGGAAGUAUCAGAUGAGGGCCGGCUGGCGUUUCAAAAACUCUUCUCUAGACAAGUAUUGCCCCAGAGCUUUUCACCACCUCAUGCGAAUAAAGGCAACAUCAACUGCCUCAGAGAAAAUGAGAAAGCCGAAAAGGGACUCCAGUUAGACCUAAAUAGUACGACUUGGGGUUCCUUUUCCCAGAAGAAAGGCGAGGAAGAUGGCGCAUCUGUGAUUGGCGAGAACAAGGAAAAGGAAGGCCUGUACACUGGACUGGGACAGUGUAAACUAUCAGCGCGCAGAACUGGAUUCAAACCUUACAAGAGGUGUUCAGUGGAGGCAAAAGAGUGUGGUGUGUCAGGAAACGGCCAUGAUGAAGAGAAAUGCCCCAAGAGAUUGCGCGUGGAAGGAGAGGCUUCUACUUGAUGUUGAGGAUUAUACGUGUAAAGCUGCUGCGCCGUCUUUGGUAUUGCAUUUUUUUCGCUUCGUUCUGUGUUAUGUGUCGAGUUUAAUGUAUUGAUUGAAAGAACUACGUCGUAUCGGUAAAUUUGGUGUAGUUGUUGUUGUGUCUAGGAGACUAAGCAAAUGUAAUUCAAAUAAUGGACAUAUAUAUUCCUCAGUCACACUUUUCUACUUUGCUUCUUAACAA